AUGGCGAGCACAACCGGAAUCGGCAAUAUCAAUUUUCCAGACGUCCAUGACCGACUCUACAAAGCCAAUACCUCGCAGGCCAAAGUAAGCCGCAGACGAUUACGUCUAUUAUUCUCCUAUGCGCCCGACUGGGUGCUUUGUAUAGUCUUAGUUGGUGUCUUCUACUCGCUCGAUUACAUCGAUGGCUUUGAGCGCGAGUUUGAUCUCACGGAUACCAGCAUCCAGCACUCGUUUACAGUCCAUGAACGCAUUCCUAACUCCAUGCUGCUGAUCUACGCAGGCGCAGCGCCUCUUCUCCUCAUACCCUUGGUCAAUAUCGUCACCAUUCGCUCAUGGUGGGAUCUGCACUCUGGUUGGCUCGGCCUGCUUCUUUCGCUGUCCCUCACCGGUGCGGUAUCGCAAGUGACCAAGGUCAUGGUGGGUAGACCAAGACCUGACUUGAUCGCGCGGUGCAAGCCCCUACAAGGGUCUGCAAACGCCCCAAUCUUUGGGCUCGUGACAUCAAAAAUAUGUACUCAGACGGAUCGUUUCAUCAUGAGGGAUGGGUUCAGGAGCUUUCCAAGUGCACACUCGAGUUUAUCCUUUGCUGGACUUGGAUUCUUGUCAUUUUACCUAGCCGGAAAGCUGCAUCUCUUUGAUGAAAAGGGUUAUACUGGCAAAUCUUGGGUGUCUCUGACACCGUUGGUUGGUGCAGCCUUGAUCGCCAUUUCCAGGACUAUGGAUUAUCGCCAUCAUUGGCAAGACGUUCUCACCGGCUCUACUGUCGGUAUCAUCUUUGCAUUCUUCUCCUACCGCCAGUAUUACCCUCGUCUGUCCAGUCCUUUGAGCCACCGACCCUAUUCUCCUCGUAUUCCCUCGGAGAGGAAGCUCAUGCGGCAGGUGAGCAUGCCGAUUGACGAGGAGCAGGGCGUGCCCUCGUCCGAUGAAGCUGGACGAGACGCGUCCAACCAGAACGCCCGCCCUCAUCACCACCCAUCCGUCCCCCAUCCAAGAGUGGAACGAAGUCACAGCCGAAAUACCUCGACGAUUGGCCUGAUCCCUCCUUCUGAAAUUGCAAGACCCUCUACUGCCCAUAGUCCUGAAGAGAGCUACGAGAUGGAGGAACAGAGUAUUGAUGAAACAGUACGUCGACCUCGACAAGACCUGGAUCAAGUUUGGAGAAGGGGCGUCGAAUGA